AUGCAUAGCCGCGUGGCACCACAACCGAAUACUUCUGUUUUCAUGCAGCCGAACAUUACGCCAUCGUGUAACCAAACGCGCGACCCCUCUUAUAAUGUUUUCAGCCAAUACAGCACAUCCGACGUCAAUUUAACACCAACGCAGAUUUCCAGCAGGCAAGUGAUAACCAAGGAUUUACCGACCUUUUCCGGCAGGCCUGAGGACUGGCCCCUAUUCAUCACGAAUUACGAGCAGUCUACCGAGCGAUGUGGCUUCACUGAUCAAGAAAAUCUGAUCAGACUACAAAAGUGUUUAAAGGGACCAGCUCUCGAAGCGGUGCGUGGUAGGCUAAUGAUGCCAGCAACAGUAGGUCUGGCAAUCAACACAUUGAGAAUGCUUUAUGGCAGGCCUGACAUUAUUCAUCAAACAAUGCAGAUGAAAUUGAGACAAGAGCCAGCAGUUAGGGCCGAUAAAUUGGAAACGCUCAUAGCAUUUUCACUUGCAGUGCAAAACUAUCGCGCAACAAUCCAGGCGGUAGGCCUGGCCGAUUAUUUAAACGAUCCUGUGCUGCUUAAUGACUUGGUAGCCAAAUUGCCAAGCGAUCAAAGGCUCAAUUGGGGCGGCUAUCGUAUGUCGCUCAGUCGCGUCGACAUUGCUGUGUUUGACGAUUGGCUUUUUGGGCUUGCUACAUGCGCGAGUCAAGUAACAAGAUGUGAGCCACCCACAACCACAGCUGCCUUUGAAAAUAUUGAAGUAAAGAAAGGCCGCAAUUCCCACAAGGCAAGAAUUUUAGUUCAUGAAGUUAUGACAAAAAAUGUAGAGGUAAACGCGAAGGUGACUAUGUGCCCAAAGUGUGGUGCCAAUCAUAAGCUGUCAGACUGUGCAGAAUUUACUGCGCUCUCGCGAAGUGAUCGAUGGCUGUUUGUCCGAGAGAAAAAACUUUGCUUACGCUGUUUCAAUUAUCAUUAUGCUCGCCGAUGCAAUCUGAAGAAUAGGUGUGGGGUUGACGGCUGCCAGAUGGCACACAACGCUCUUCUGCAUACGCCUGCUCCCGUUAAGAGCAACGUCGGUCAUGAGCAAACAGCGCUAUACCACGAACGUCAUUCAGGCUCAACAAAGGAGAAGCAGAACUCGCUAUUCAGGUACGUCGCCGUUACUGUUCGUAACGCAUCUAAAUCUGUUGACACAUAUACACUCAUCGACGAAGGCGCGUCUUGUACUUUAAUUGAAAACGAGCUUGCAGAUUACCUUGAAUUGGACGGGCCGUCCGAGGCGUUGUGUCUGCGAUGGACUAACGAAAUUACUCAAAGCGAAAAUAACUCCAAGUUUGUAAGUUUUGAGAUCGCAUCGACACAGUUGGGCUCUCCAAACUACUUGUUAAGAGGCGUACGCACUAUUGCUCGUUUAGGCCUGCCUGUUCAAACAUUGGACCGCGAUACCAUGGAGAAGCAUGCCCAUCUCAGAGGUCUACCUAUACUGCCAUAUAACGGUGCUAGGGCUCGGAUUCUUAUUGGAGUCGACAACGCGAAAGUCUGUGUGCCAAUUGAAGUUAAGGAGAGUAGCACCUCCAACCUGAUUGCUGCUAGAUGCCGGCUGGGAUGGAGCGUUUAUGGUCGAGACAGACCUGAACACGCAGUGAUGCCCCGCGUGCUCCACAUCUGCAGCUGUGAUCCUACGAGCAGGGACCGAAUGGACGAACAGAUGAAGGCGUAUUUUGCUAUCGACGCUAUCGGUGUCUAUGCGCCAGCUAAGCCGCUUCGGUCAAAGGAUGACGAACGUGCUUUACAAUUGAUGGAAAAAUUCACCAAGUUUCUGCCAACAGAGAAGAGAUGGGAAACAAGAUUGCUAUGGAAACAAGACGUCGUCGAUUUACCCGAUUCACUUCCUAUGGCGCGCCGUCGACUAAUUUGCUUGGAAGCCAAGAUGAAGCGGGAUCCUGAACUCCACCGUUUUAUCGUCGACAAAAUUGACGAUUACAAGAAAAAGGGUUACAUACGCAAAUUGGAGUCACCUGAAACAUCGAUAGGUGGCAGAUCGUGGUACCUUCCCAUAUUCACGGUGCUCAACGUUAACAAAAACAAAACUAGAUUGGUAUGGGACGCUGCAGCCAAAGCUGGAAAUACUGCACUUAACAACAUGCUGUUAAAAGGACCUGAUCAGCUAAACUCGAUGAUGGGUAUUCUUCUUCGAUUCCGCGAAAGGCCCUUUGCAAUAUGCGGAGAUUUACGCGAGAUGUUUCACCAAAUUAAGGUAACCAAAGAGGACCAAGUGGCGCAGAAGUUUUUAUGGCGCGACGGUGAGUCUAAUCGACAGCCAGAUGUAUAUGCCAUGUGUGUGUUGACUUUCGGCGCUUCGUGUUCUCCUUCGCUAGCGAACUACGUAAAAAACCAAAAUGCACAACGUUUUUCCGAAAGUUAUCCCGAAGCUGUACAAGCCAUUAUAAAUAACACUUUCGUCGAUGAUUGGCUUCAGAGUGCAGACAAUGAGGAAGAGUUAUCGCGUUUGGCUACUGUUGUUCGCUGGAUCCAUAACGAAGGAGGUUUCGAGAUGCGAAACUGGGUAUCCAAUUCCAAGAAAACUUUGACUGCACUCUCUGCUAACAGCACGCUGCUAUCCAGAUGUUUUGAGGAGCCUGAAGCUACUAUCGAAAAGGUGCUUGGAAUGUGGUGGUUACCAGCGUCGGAUGAGCUUACCUUUGUGGACAAGUUUCCUAAAGAAGUUUUUGAUGAGCACACAUUUCCAUCGAAGCGACAAGUUUUGCGUACAAUCAUGAAAAUAUUCGAUCCCCUUGGACUGCUCGGGUAUGUCAUCAUACAAGCAAAAAUCAUCCUACAGGACAUUUGGCGUUCAGGCGUUAAUUGGGACGAGCCUAUCAGAGAGGAUGAUCGCAGUAACUGGUGGAACUGGUUGAAAAGAAUUUCUUCGAUAAACAACGUCAAAAUUCCUCGGUGCUACUUACUUUCCAGCUGUAGCCAGAGUAACCAGUUGCACAUUUUCGUGGAUGCAAGUAUCAACGCUUAUGCUGCUGUGGCGUAUUUGCGUGCUGAAGUUGGUAACGCGGUGAACUGUUCAUUGCUGGCUUCGAAGACAAGGGUCACACCAUUGAAGCCCAUUUCAAUACCGAGGUUGGAGUUAAUGGCAGCAGUUCUGGGUCUGCGGUUGGCAAUUUUUAUAGGCAAGCAACUUUCUGUUCAGGUAAGCCGUAGAAUUUUUUGGACAGAUUCGAAAAACGUGAUAUGCUGGGUGCGUUCAGAUGCAAGAAAGUUCCAUCAAUUUGUUGCGUUACGUGUCGGCGAAAUUCUUGAGGGUUCCAGCGCUAAAGAGUGGAGGUGGUUGCCAUCUUCUGAAAACAUCGCUGAUGAGGGCACAAAAUGGUCCGACGUUCGCAAUUUUGACGACAAUGCACGCUGGUUUCGAGGGCCAAAGUUCUUAGCCCAGCCCGAAUCUAGUUGGCCUGUAGGGGAGCUAGUAGGCGCUACAUCAGAGCUGCAUCACAUAAGUACAAGUACACCAUUGUCGCCUACCCUGUCAGUAAUCUCUCCAGACGUACGAAGGUUUAGCACAUGGGAGAGACUGCUUUCCACACAACAAAUUGUUUUGCGUUUCCUGCGCCGGAUCUUGAAGUUUACGCCACGUUCGCUACUAAAACUUUUCGAAUUGCGCGAUAUUGAAGCAGCAGAGUAA